AUGGCAGCAGGAAUUAUUCCUACCUCUGAAGGAGGUAGUGGUAGAUUUCCCCGAGUUUGCUCUUUGUCCGGCCUUACGGAACCACAUCCACAGACUAAAGAAGGGGGUGCUAAUGGAUGUGCUCUGGGGAUAGACGCGAGAGAGGUCUUCGAACCUUUUACGUCUUCAUCUUGUGAUUGCCAAUCGACCAAUGCCAUUAAAAAAGUUCCUGGCUUCAACCUCGCCGAAUUGCUGCAUUUUGUUACAACUAACGAUCCAAAACACACCAUCCAGCCGUUGGACAAGAAUUUAAUUGCCUCUAAGCGAUUUGAUACAGACUUCAAUGGUGCUAAAGAAGACAAUUUAAGCCCCCACCAUGUGCAGAAUGGUUUGUUUUGUUCUUUCAAAGAAUCUGGUCUUGAUAAACAGAGCUUCUGUCUUGAGGAAGUAUCAUCAUCUGCAAUGGUGAUGGCUCUUGAAACGUACCUGGUUAACUUCGAGAAUAUGUGGGACGGCAAAAAGAUAAUCAACAAACUUUUUGACAAAGUAAUAUUAGUGCUACUUCGCCACCAUCUUACACGCAAUAGAGAAUCAAAGCGUAUCUCGACCACAACAACAAGAAACCCAUCUGGAAAGAAGGAUAUGAGAAACCAUGUGCAUCAUAUUUGCCGUAAGUUCUUGCCUCCGAAAGGACAAUAUCAUGUAAUUGCAUAUAAGAUCUAUCUCUGUAUCUUUGUAAAUUAUGUUCUUAAAUAUGGACGUUAUACAAAGUUUACUCGCCCACUAUGUCCUUCGGCAUUAUUUUCGCCAUUGAGUGCCCUACAUCUGGAUUCAGUUGUAUUGUAUCGGUUAUUGACCCAUAAUCUAGACCAAGAAAAGGAUGGGCUGAUAAGGUCCCAAGACAAAGCGCGCCAAAACAAAGAUACCACAUUUAACAUAGUAUUUGAUAUGGGUGAAAUUCAGAAAGCAUGUAAAUUGUAUGGUCUAUCUUUUGCACAUCGGAUAACAUGUCUACCAGGAAUGAAAACAGUACGAUUAUUGGGAUCGAAAAUAAAAACCCACUGCACCGUAAAAGAGGAAACAAAACAGUCAUAUGAAGCACGGAUUCUAAUAAACCCAGGCGUUAGAGCAUCUUCAGCAAGAAAUUCCAAAAGACAAUCAAGGAAUGCAAACACAAUUUGGGGACAACACAUGACAAGAAUCAGUUAUACCGGACGAUUGAAAAACCUGCAUAAUAUUAAAGAUAUCCCUCCAAAUAGCAGAACCCCAAUUGGGAGAUGCGGCAAAGGUGUGACUAAGGCGGAGGACAGAACUAUUGUGAAUCCUGAUGACUUUAACUAUGCAGGUACUGACAAUGGCCUGGUAAAUAUGACAACACUAAUACCGAUGUCGUUACCAAGAAUGAACUUCCACCUAAAGCUUUUCAACUAUUACACUGUGUUAAGUGAUGGGUCCAAUGAAGACAAUAAGUCGUCUUCUAAAAACCCCUUGAUAAUCUUCAUUGGUGUUUGGGGGACCGGUGUAGGUUUUCGAAUCAAAGGCUUUAGAAAGUAUGGUGGUAAGUGGAAGCAGAAGAUACACGGAGAGGCGGCCAAUGUCUGCAUAACAAAUGAAUGCUUUAGCUUUUUUAUGUUUGGUGCUGCCCCCCUCCGUUUUACAAGACGAAGAGAUUAUUUGACAGCUACGUUGUAG